AUGACAGUGUCUGAAGUAGCUUCAACCCCGACCACUCAGAUGGUUGGCAAUGCUUUUGUGGAGCAGUAUUACUCUAUUCUGCACCGUGAGCCGGAUCAGGUUCACCGAUUUUAUCAUGAUUCGAGUGUUUUGAGUCGACCUGAGGAAGAUGGUACCAUGACAUCUGUCACUACCACUGCAGAAAUUGAUAAAAAGAUACAAUCUCUCGAUUACACAAGCUUUAGGGUAGAGGUUUUGAGUGCUGAUGCUCAACCCUCAUAUAAUAAUGGGGUAAUGGUUGUAGUGACCGGCUGCUUGACUGGUACUGACAAUGUUAAACGCAAGUUUGCUCAAUCAUUUUUCCUAGCUCCACAGGACAAGGGCUUCUAUGUUUUGAAUGAUGUUUUUAGAUAUGUUGAUGCGUAUAAGUCUGUUGAUAUUGAGUCUGUACCAGCAAAUGAUGCUGAUGAAAGUGCUCCUCCAUCAGAAGCUUUUACUCCAGAGCCUGAGGCUGUCCAUGUUCCUGAGGACAUUCCGCCCAGUCAACCUGUUAUCGCUGAGACUGACACUAUCAUCAGCAAAGAAGUGAGCCUACCACUGGAGAAUGGAAAAGUACCAGUUGUUGAAACUGUGAUUCCUGUGAAUCAUGUUAAAGAGCCAGUCCAUCAAGAAUUACCCCCAAUCACUGAGAAAGUUGCUUCUAAUGCACAGGAGGAUACUCCUAAAAAGUCUUUUGCAUCCAUUGUGAAUGCCUUGAAAGAUAAUUCUGCUCCUUUCCAUUUGAGGGCUUCCCCUGCAAAAUCCGCGGUGCAACCACCUCGGGUACACAACAGUGUGCCUGCUCCUGAAGUACAAGCCCCCCCUAACACUGACAUUCCCCUGGAAAGGAAUAAUGAGAAUUCAGGUAAGGCUCAUGCAAUAUUUGUUGCGAAUUUGCCUAUGAGUGCAACAGUAGAGCAAUUGGAUUGGGUUUUCAAGAAAUUCGGGUCCAUUAAACGCGAUGGCAUUCAAGUUAGAAGUAACAAGGGAUCCUGUUUUGGUUUUGUGGAAUUUGAAUCUGCUGCUUCAUUGCAAAGUGCCCUAGAGGCUUCUCCUCCUGUUAUGUUGGACAACCGCAGACUUUCCAUUGAAGAAAGGCGAGCUAACAAUGAUAGGGUGCGAUAUUUAUCAGGACGGAGUGGAUACCGCAAUGACAGAAAUGACGGCUUCAGGGGCCGUGGCAACUUUGGUGGUGGCCGUGGAGGUGGGGGCAGCUUUAAUGGAAGGAAUGAUUUCGAGAAGAGAGGUGAUUUCUCUGGCCGGCCUCGAGGAGGCAAUAAUAAUGGGAGAAUCAAUGGAGAUGCUGUGCCAAGGAGUUAUCAGAAUGGCGGUAAAGCCCCUCGUCAACAAGCACCGGUGAAAGUUCAAUAA